AUGGAUUUCCGUAAACAAUUCAAGAUCAUUAUUGCCGGCGCCGGCGUUGCUGGCUUGACCCUUGCCAACAUGCUUGAGAAAUUCGACGUUGACUAUGUCAUACUAGAGUCACAUGCUGAGAUUGCACCGCCCGUUGGUGCCAGCAUUGGUCUGUUCCCGAAUGGACUUCGAAUACUUGACCAGAUAGGAUGUUACGAAUCAAUCAUGUCUUUGGCCCAGGAGAACGCGAAACUCAACUAUGUCCGUGAUGAGAAUGGAAAGGUCCUUACUACCAUGAACGACAUGUCCGAUCAUCUCCUGAAACGACACGGCUAUCCCAUGCUCUUCUUCGACCGACAAUGGCUCCUACGGGUGCUUUAUGAUCAGCUGAAGUACAAGGACAGAGUUCUGACGAAGAAAAAGGUCUCUAAUAUCAUGCCCACUACUGGAGGCGUCGAAGUCACUACUGUUGACGGAGACAAGAUUCAAGGAAGUAUCAUUAUUGGUGUUGAUGGUAUACACAGCACUGUAAGAGGCGAAAUGUUCCGGCUUGGCCAUGAGCUUCAACCAGGGUAUUUCUCCUCUGACCAAGAGGACAAGGUUCCUGCCUACUACAAGUGCAGCUUUGGUAUAGCUCAAGAUGUGCCAGGAUGGAAAGGAGGAGAGCAACAUAUUCUUACAGGCAAAGGCACGUCUCAGUUGGUUGUUUCAGGUCCUGAAAAUCGAGUUUACUGGUUCUUGUUUGCGAAGCUGCCGAUGACCAAGUAUGGCAAGGAUAUACCGAGAUACAACAAGGAGGAUGAAGUCGAGUUUGUGAAGGAGCAUAUCAACCUUCCAAUCACUGAAAACAUUACUUUUGGUCAUGUCUAUGCUCAUCGCCUAUCCUCAACGCUGACACCGCUUCAUGAGACUGUAUAUCAGAAGUGGUUCUUCAACCGCAUCAUGAUCUUGGGAGAUGCAGCACACAAGCCUAAUCCGAUUGGUGGUCAAGGCGGCAACGGCGCCAUCGAGUCUUGUGCGGAAUUCAUGAAUGCACUGAUUGCAAAGAAAAACACUCAAACAACCAGUCUUGCAGUCUUGACUGACAGAGAAAUCACGGAUAUAUUUUCCCAAACGCAAGCAGCCCGACAUGACCGAGCGGAGGAAAUUGUCAAUGCUGCUCACAAGUCUCAAGCACUAAACGCAUUCGAGUACCCGCUGCUUUCCAAUCUCGUUUGGAAGUUAGCAGCGCCUCUCGCGGGUGAUGAGUCCGUCUUCUGCAGAUUAGCGGAGAUCCUAUUGAACUCGACUACAAUCAAGCACCUACCACUUCCAUAUCGACCACGAGCUCUACCAUUCAAGGAUGAACUACCCGAGAAGCCAGUCGGUCGACGAACCUCGAAGUACGUCAAGGUAGCCUUUAUCGUGUGCAUGGGCCAAUUGAUAUGGCUUGUUGGCAAAGCGUUCCGACUUCCUAUCACCGAUCUUGGCAGCUGGGCUGACAGCGGCCCAAUGGGACGGCGCUGGACCGGCAGUCAAGAGCUGGAUUGGAUCAUCGAUAUGUUUGUCUCAGUCUUUGCGUGCCCUCUGAAUGGACGGAAUCAGGCACCCAAGUUGCAAUUAGUCUACUUCGUAUCGCAGCUCAUCUCCCCUCUGCUCAUUUACACGAUCGAGGGCUACCGCAUUGGCAACCAAGGGACGCUGAUUUCACUGCCUAGCCUCUUCACCGCAGGCAUGCAAGUUCAAGGUAUCGGCCGUAUGGCCCCAAUCCAAGCAGCUUUCAGCGCUCUGUCAAGCCACGAGCUACCCACUGGUCGCUUCGUCCGUCCUGAGGUAGCCAUGGCAUUGAUACCCGCCCUGACUCUAGGCUAUGUGAUCCCGACCAUCCUUGCCCUUGCUCCUGGUAACAAUAUUCAGAGCUGGCAGAACUGGAUAGCGUUGUGGCAACUGGCGCCACCUAUCUUCUCGACCUUGACUUGGGCUUUCUCCAAAGCACUUCGAUGGCGGAUUACCCGGGACCAAUCCUCAAGCAGAGACGAAGCAGAAGAAACCCAAAAACUCGAAUCCUUCGACCGCUACAAGACCACAGACGUGCCCAUAUUGCAGUUCGUGUACAAAUAUGCCUUCGCUCUACAGGCGACUGCGCAUAUCUCAAUACUAGCAUACGCAUACUCUCACGAUAUCUCGCUUUUCAGAACGUUUUUUAAUCUGCCGAACAUCUUCAAACCCGAAUGGAACCUUGUGGAUCUCUCCUCGGAAAUCAACACAUUCUUCAAAUUCGACCAGCUUUUCGCCACGACCGCAAUCCUCGCGAGCAAUCUGUAUUCCGUGUGGGACCUGAGGCGCCUGGGAUACAUCAGAACGCGGGAAGCCUUCAACGCCGCAGUGGGUGUUUUUGGCGGCCAGGCACUCGUCGGAUCCGGUGCCACCUGGGCAGCGCUGUGGUACUGGAGAGAACAGGUGCUGUCUAACCUUGGACAGUAG